AUGAGUCUGGUGCGACAAAACUUCCACGAGGAGUGCGAGGACGCGCUCAACAAGCAAAUCAAUUUGGAGCUAUACGCCAGUUAUGUCUAUCUGUCCAUGGCGUACUACUUUGACAGAAGCGAUGUCGCAUUACCGGGUCUGUAUAAGUACUUCAAGAAGGCGUCGGACGAGGAACGCGAACAUGCUAUGAAAUUUCUGACUUAUCAAAACAAACGAGGUGGCGACAUCGUGCUGACGGACAUCCAGGCGCCGUCCAGGAGAAACUGGAACAGCGCGAAAGACGCUAUGAUGGAGGCUUUGCAGCUAGAGAAGAGAGUAAAUCAGAAGCUGCUCGAGCUUCACGGGAUUGCUUCGACACACAACGACGCGAAUUUCAUGGAUUUUUUGGAGACUGAAUUCCUGCAGGAGCAGGUGGACGCGAUAAAGGAGAUCUCCGAUCAUGUGACGAAUCUGGAGAGAGUCGGGGAAGGUCUCGGUGUCUUUAUCUAUGACAAGGAGUUAAAAGAUUAAAAAAAAUAAUAUCGCAUCUAAGAGAUUUGCCAAAAUAAUUAAAUAAAAUAAAGAACAAAAUAAUUGAAUAAAAUAUAAAAACAUUUAAGUGUAGGGGACUUUAGAUACCCCAUAAACAAAAUGUUAGGCAGAAUAUCGGCGGAUUUGAUCAGAAAAUGUCAGCAGACUGACAUCAACUGCGAUUGCAUUCUUCUUUCAUUCUGUCGACAGAAUUGAUCUAUUCACUUAAUCAGACAACAAAUUGACGGCAGAAAUAUCAGAAUUUGCUGACAGAAUCUGAUAGUAUUAAUAGAUUGACAACAAAAAUCGGACAAAAUCUGUGUUGUCACCGAAUACUUGCAAAAUUGCUGCUAGGUGUUCGUUGGUAUAUGUUUUCCCAUUAAAAAUUUAUCAAGCACUAUAUAACUACAUACA